AUGUACGGCAAAGUACGUGUACUUCUCUCAUACAACACUCACUUUGUUGACGUUGGCAAUGUGGACGUGGAUGGCGUCCGAGGCGACCAGUUCUCACAUAAACGAACACAUCAAGUUAACUCUGACCAAGAAGGUCCUUCCCAAUAUUUUCAGACUCUAUCCAUCAAAGCCUUCUACAACACACUCCAAGUCUUCAAGAACAGCACCAGAAAGAACACAAUCAUCUGUUAUCACAACAAAGCCUUUUCCAACACCCUUAUCCAGCCCCCAAAGCCCACAAUGAACAUCUCUAUCUGCCCCCACCCAGACCCCGUGGCCGUCGCAGCCAUUGAGCGCGAAGUCUUCAGCAACUACCAGUUCAACGUGAUGACCAGCAUCCUCGGCGUAGUCGUCGUGUUCUGGUUGUGUACCUCCGUCUUCUUCAUCUACCAUUUCUACAAGUCCAACCGAGCCAAUGCCACCAGACGACGAUUCAACGAGGAUCAGGGCAUUGAGCUCCGCAGUGGGGUCAACUCUGUACGAAUCCAGGAUGAGUUUGUCUUCUGGGCUGACAACUAUCGCCGACGACAGCAGCAAGCUCAGCAGCAGAGAGCCCAGCAACAGCAGGGUCAACAAUCUCAGCAAAACCGAGAGACUCAGCAAGCCCAGCCGCAAGUUGAGGCACAAGACUCUUAA